GAGCAGGCCGGCGACCUGUUCUCCGUGAGGGGCGUGGCGCCGGACAACCAGCCAUGCGUGCACUCCUUCGGGCUGAAGGAGGCGGCCGGGCAGAUCUACUCCGAGACCCACAGCACCACGGGCAGGCUGCUCGAGAGGAGGUGGGUGAUCAUCUCCAGACGGCCCCUGCAGGUGGAGAGCUGGGCCGAGAGCCCGGGCGAGCGCCGCAGCGGCAAGCUCAAGCGCUCCAUGGUGCAGAACUUGGUGGACACGGUGGUGGGGCGCAUAUGUAAAACCGACAGCAAGGUCAGGGUGUACUUCGACAUGGCCUCGCCGGGGUCGCCAGGAAUGAACAGCAUCGUGUCUGAGUCCAUGAGCGGGCAGUUGGAAUUCGACACGCUCUGGGACGCCUGGCUGGCUUACCACAAGCGCACGCCUGGCCUGGACAGGCUUGUGAAGAAGUCCGACCUCGCCGUGUUGUCCGACUGCGAGUUCAAGGUCACGCACACCCUGGACCAGGAGGAGCUCAAGUCAGGAAAAGAUGAAGCAGAUGAAGCAGCCAGACGACGGCUUCGUCAAGGUUAG